UAGUACAAUGAGAUGUUGUAUUCUGUAAUUUUGUCGUUUAUUUACUGUUGUAUAUUUUAAAUCAAUUAUAUUAUUAAAGCUACUUGAUAAUAAUAAAUCUUCGGUAUAGGAUAUUUCAUCGACUUUAAUUUGUAACUAAUUAUGACAACAAUGGACUCUGAUUCCGAAAGUCAAGACAGUGAUGAUGGACGACGAUUUCGCUUCGAAGCCACUCGUAAAGAUAAUGUUCAGCUGGACACGAAGUUAGGAAAACUAUCGAGAUUGAAGUCGGAACAGGAGCUUUGCUAUGAUGACAUAAAAUAUAAAGAUAGAACAGACAAGUCUAAACAUAACUGUAAUAGAGAAGAAUAUAGACCUUCAAAAGAAUUAGAUAUUGAUAAUAAAGAUUUCAAAUAUCCUACUAAGUACUCAAAACAUUCUCUUGAGUCAAGAAACUCAAGACGUGAAGAUAAUAAGGAUCAUAAGAUUGCGAAGGAUGUUAGUACGGAUUCUAAAAAUAGUUCGUUAUCUUUGAAACAUAAAACAAAAGACACAAAACGACACAAAAAUCGAGAUCGAAACGAGCAUCGAAGAAAUAGAUCUCAAGAACGAUGUCGUAGGAGAAAUGAAAAUGAUAGUUCUCAAAAUGACAAGCACAGAAAUAAAUCUCAUGAAAAGUAUAGGCAUCAUGUUUGUGACAGAACCCGUGAUAAAAGUUACCAGUCAUAUAAAAUGAGAUCUGAAGAUCACGGUAAAUUUCGAGGAGAAUCUGAAAAAUACAGUACACAUAAAAAGAUAUCGGCAAAAGAGAAUGAAGGGCAACGCUUACAAGAGUAUCCUUCGCCUAAAGAUGUAGAACAGGGUCAUAGCGGUAAUGAAUCAUUAACGAAAAGAGAUCUUUCAGUGGAGUGUCAGGAAUAUAAGGAAUUAAAUUUAUCUGAAUUUGAUAUCUUAUCAGAAACGGAUGAAAAUAUGUCUGAUAGUUCGGAUGUAAAAAAUAAAAAUUUACUAUCACAAGAACGUAAUAAGAAGUCAAAAAAAAGAAAUUCAAGCAACGAAUAUGAUAAUUCAUCGAAGAAGCACGUGAUAGAAAUCAAACCCGUGGAAGGAUCGCCAAAGGUAAAUGCAAGGAAGAAUGAUAUGUUGUAUGGUUCCAGUAAUAAUAAUUCUGGUACCAUUUCAGAUUCCUUAUUAGGUACUACAUCGCCUAUACCGAUGGAAUCAAGGAAAAAUACAAUUGAUUUCAAUAGUAAGGAAGAAAAUUUAAAUUUUAGUGAGCAAACUUCCUUGCAUCUGAAUAAUUCUUCUGUAAAAGCAACAGAUGUUGCAGUAUUCUCAUCUCAUAUGUAUGCUGAGAAAACUACGACAUACGGACCAGCUUUACCGCCGCAAUUAAUAACUAAUUCUUCCAAUAAUAUGGAAUCAAGUAAAGAUGUACAUUUUAUAGGACCUUGUUUACCAGAAACUAGUGCACAGGAUAUAUGUGAAAGAAUCGAAAAAGAUACAUCAAAUGAUAUUACACAAGAUAAUAUAACACAAGAUUUUGUCUCAAAUUCGGAUACCAUUUUUGGUCCAGCAUUACCACCGCAUUUGUUAAAGCAGAAAUGUAAUAAUGAAACAAAUACAAAAAUCAUAGGCCCUAUUCUUCCAAAUAUCGUAACGUUAAUUAAUAAUAAUGAAGUAAAUCAAAUAGAAUCCGAAAAUGAAGACGAUAUAGGUCCACUGCCGGCUAAUCAUCCAGCCUUAGAAAGUAAUUACGUAUAUAGACAAUUGGAGCAACGAGCGCAGCAAAUUAAAAAUGAACAAAAGGAAGAGGGGUAUAGUAUAUUGAAUCAGCGAGAAGAAUGGAUGACUGAGUUACCUCCAACUCAGAUUAAUAAUCUAGGAUUAACGUCACGAAAAUUUCGAAUGAAAGCAGGUCCGGAUAUGUCUGACAGGUCAUGUUGGACAGAUACUCCAGCAAAACGGGCAGAAAAAUGUAAACAAGAAAAAGAAAAAUUAUACGAUGUUAAAACAUCAAUUGGAGAUUUGUCUAAAGGAAAUAAUGAAACUGAAUGUUUGGAAAAUAAGAAACGCGAGAAGUCACUUUUAGAAAUACAUCAAAACGAACUACAAAAGAAAAAACAGAAGGAAGAAAAAAGGGCAAAAUCAACUGGGCAGACGAUUAGGAGACCAUUUGACAGAGAUAUUGAUUUACAAAUCAAUCAAUUUGAUCAAACUCGAAAAAAUGCUGUUAUUAAUAAAGCACAACAUUUGGACGAAAGAUUUUCUCGUGGAAAAUUUUAA